CACGGUCGGGAGACAUCUACGAUCGAUAAAGGCUUGUAGAGAGAGUCCGAAAUCGCGUCGCGGAUGACGGAGAAUCGCGGGAGAGAAAGAGAGAGAUAGAACGAUCGACCGGCGAACGAGGCAAGCGAGCAAGCGAGCGAUCGGCACGUUUGAACGAACGAAUUUUCGCGUCGCAAGCGGGACAACAACAACAACAACGACAACGACGACGACGACGGCGGUAACGGUGGUGAUGGUGAUGGUGGUGGUGGUGGUGCGCGGCGCCGCGCGAUUAAUACAAUCGGCAGGUGAUUUCUCGUCGCUGAUUAAAGCGCCAUGUCCCGCGAUGGACCAAUCAGCUGCUUGGUAAACCGCCGUGAGACCUCGAGGCUGUCCACAGACGAAUGACAACAAAAGAGACUGAUAGAAGUCGCGCGCGUGAGAAAGAGCGAGCCCGAGUUUUUUCGCACGGCAAGGAGUGUGUAUUACUCCCGCACACGGAGAGAGAGAGAGUGAAAGAGAGAGAGAGAGAGAGAGAGAGCGAGAGGCGCCGAAGGAGGCAGCAGCCCAGUGCCUGUCUAUAUCCGCCGCCGCUUUUUUUUUCCGCCGUUUACCCCCCGUAGCGCGCCGCGAGUGAAACGUCGCUUAGCCUGGUGGUGGUGAAAGGUGCCGUUGAGGAAUAUGAAGAGGAGAAAUGUCGAGUGCGGUAAGCUUCGGAGGCCCUUGAAACGCAACAAGCUCACCGAGGGGAUCUACGGAAGUACCUUGCUUUAUCUGAAGUUUCUUCUACUAUGGGCCAUGGUGAUUCUGGCAGACUUCAUUUUGGAAUUCCGUUUUGAAUUUUUGUGGCCAUUCUGGCUACUCCUCCGAAGCGUUUACGAUUCCUUUAAAUAUCAAGGCUUGGCCUUUUCUGUAUUUUUCAUUUGUAUUGCACUUACGUCAGACAUGAUUUGCUUCUUUUUCAUCCCUGUGCAUUGGCUGUUUUUCGCUGCCAGCACUUACGUUUGGGUGCAAUACGUCUGGCACACAGAUAAAGGAGUGUGUCUACCAACCGUGAUGCUGUGGCUACUAUUUCUAUAUAUAGAAGCAGCAGUGCGGUUACGUGACUUGCGUCAUAUGCCAUUUCACCUAGACCUCUGUCGGCCGUUUGCAGCACAUUGCAUUGGCUAUCCUGUAGUUACAUUGGGCUUUGGCUUCAAGAGCUAUGUAGGCUACAGAAUGAGGCAGAGAAAACAGAAAGAUGUGGCAAAGGAGAAUGAGUUCUAUCUACAAUUAUUGCAGCAAGCACUGCCUCUAGAGCAACAAGCUAUGUCAAUGCAGCAAAUCCAACCACAGGUGCAGCCACAAACGCCACAGGUCACUGCUACGUCGUUAGAACAACAUGUCAAAACUCAAGCACACAAAUUGAAUCCACAGUAUAACCCAAGCCCUGAAAAAAGCAGAGGUAAGGGCAAUAAUAAUUCCAUAGAAACAAACGUACAAAAUGGCGGAGUACACAAUAGUAGUCAGGUCGCAUCACAAACACAGAGUACUGCUACUAAGAGUACUCAUAGAAAGUCUUUAGACAAGAGUGAAAAGCAGGAAGAGCAGCAUAAUAAACAUAAUGUAUCAAAUAAUUCGCCAUCGGACAAAAGUGACAAGAAAUUUAUACACAGUAAUGGAAGUACAGUAGCGCACAGCGACAUACAACUCAUCGAGAGGGUGGGAUCUGUAAAUGAUUUUGACAUAAAUGAGAUAGAAAAAGACAAAUCUAUCAAGGGUUGCGGACAAACUGCGAUAAAAUCGCAAACAAACGGUUCAGUAACAGGAAAAUGGAAUAACGUGAAAGAAAGUCGAGAUUCAUCGUCUACUACCAAUGCCCAACGAGAACGUAAGACUCGACAGGUUAAAAAUACGAGUGACCCCACGGCAGAGCAACAGAAACAACAAGAGGAUUAUUAUCAAAGGUUACUGGUGUGUCGCAGGCUCGAGGCAGAUAUAAAACGUUUGAAAUCAGACUUGCAGUCAAGUCGGCAAUUGGAACAAGAAUUACGUUCACAAGUCAAUGUUUUGCUCAAUGGAGAGCGACAAGCUAAGGGUGAUAUUCAACAACUCCAACAUGAUAACGAUCAAUUGCAAAGCAAAUUACAUGGUCUAGUGACGGCACGUCAAAUUGAUAAGCAAACAAUGACAUCGUUGGAAAAGCGAAUUGCAGAAGAACGAAAACAACGCACAGCAUGCGAAGCGUCUUUGCUCUCUGAACGAAGGGCACGACGAGCUGCUGAAGAGGCACGUUCAGCGAUUCCACCGCCACCACCCCCGCUUAUUAGACAGGAGUGUACUGACACAUGUAAAAGUAGAAGAUCUCAAAUGGAACAGGAUCUUAAAAAUUUGCGCCGAGAACUUAAAUUGAAAGAAGAAAGAUGUAAUGCGCUGGAAAACGAUGCGGCGCGUUGUAAAGAAAAUCACAGAGAGUGUGAAAUUUUACUCCCCGCACUCAAUGCGCUGCAAGAUAAAAACGCGCAUUUGGAAAAUAGCUUGAGCGCAGAAACGCGUAUAAAACUUGAUCUUUUUUCGGCACUUGGUGAGGUCAAGCGACAAUUAGAAAUACGAGAAGGCGUAAUCAGAUCUCAAGAGAAAGAAAUUGAGAUGUUGAAAACAAAAAUAGCGCAAGAUUUAGCUGUGAUGCCACAAGACACAUUUGGUCCAACGCCAACCUGUGCGACGUCCAAGCUUCGUUUAAAUAGUGAAGUGAGAGUAGCAGGAACAAAAAUACGUUCGAAUGAAAGUCCCUGUCCGGGGUGUACCGUGUCGAAUUUGGAUCCAAAUGCGACAGCGUACACGCCUAAAAGUUCCCUUGUAGCGUCGACUGAAGCUUAAGGAACUGCAAUUCUCUCAUCUCAGAAACCCGAUAGUAGGAUACAUCAACUACAAAAGAAUGUUUCAAGUUUCUCCGUGGAAAUAUUAUUCAGUUCGCAAGUACGCAAAAAUAUGAAUAUUUAUAUCGGUAUUAGCUGUGCUGAAUUUUCUCUGCAUCCGUCUUCUUUAAGACAAGACAUUUUUUGUUAUAUAUUCUCCCACUAUGUAAAAGAAACCCGGAAGUCUUCCAUGAGAAACUUUGUGAAACAUGUUUUGUAUCGUGUUUUGUCGUUUCAAAAAGGAAUGGAACCGUUGACAUUACUUAUGAUCACGUGACGCGGCACUGGUUUCUAGAAUGUCAAGGAAAUCCAGUGACAAUCUUGUAACAUUUAUGCUGUAGGUCGAUUUUACGGAUAUGUAACAAGUUGUGAAGGAAGAGUGAAUUGUAAGUAUUCUCGUAUAACCAAUCCUCUUUGUACAUGCAUAAAUAUCGAUAGUAAUGCCUAACGAUUUAAAAAAAUCAAUAUAUCUGAUGAUUAGUUUAUAUGCAAAUAAAAGGUUUUAUAUCCUACAAGUAUAUAAACGCUUGGGAAGUUGUCUUAUAUAUUUUUCAUAUGCUUAUUAAGUGAUAUAGAUUUUUUGUAUGUAUAUUUUUUCAUUAUAUCCCAGCACUUUGAUUUAUAUAUUUUAAAUCGAUCUUUAUGUAAAGUAGAAAAAAAGUAAUAACAAAUUUUACUGGUAAAGUUACAAAGUUGAGAGAGAAAUUGAAAAAGUUAAUAUCCGUAUUAAAAUCUUCCUGCAGUAUAUGCCUAAACAUACGAUGACUUGUCAAAGAUGAAUUCUUAUUCAUCUUUGAUCAAGUCGUAAAACUGAAGCUAGUCCAUCAUACAAACUAUUUAAAUAUCAUUGGCGUGUCGAGCCAUUUUAUGUUAUGGGAUCAUCAUGCAGAAAUAGCCAUUGACAACAUAGAAAGAAGUAUAUGAGCAUUAUCCAAGAAGGAUCAAAGUAAAUGUCACAACGCCAAAUUUUGUUUCAGGAAAUCAUACUGUCCAUACGAUGAUACUCUCACAUACACACAUGCGCGUAUUUCUGUGUUUUUAAAUUUUCAUACUUUUAGUUUAUAAUAAUUUUGUUUUAUGUAUUGGCUUUCAAAACGGUAUAAAGUAGCCAUAACAUUUUUUAUCUGAUUAUGAGUAAAAAAAUAUGAUAAGAAUGAUUAAUUCAUGAAACUCAUUAGUAAUAAAAAAAAUGUGAUGGCUAACUUGAUCUAUUAAAAAACUUGGCAUUCAUAUGAACGAUCAUGCUGGUAUGAGACUAUGAUGCCAUAUUUGAUUUAAAAAAAA